AUGAAAAUCGAUGAUCGAAAAACCAGUAGGUAUUACCAUUUGCGGUACCGAGUUUUGGUUUGGAUUGAUGGAGAGAUUAUUCGGAGGAAGAGUGGUAAGAUAGAUGACAUUCUCGCCCGCUCGGAUCUAAAUGCAGCAACAACCAGACUUUGUAUAUCACCGCAACUCGAACAUUUAAUGUUACCUUACGCUCAGCGGGAGAACACGAAGCAAAGACCAUCGGGAUUCUCCGUUGAUAUAAUUCCACAAUCCAAUGACAGCCAUCUCGAAAUAGGAGGGAUUCCGAAGCAAAUAUAUGGCCUAGCCACACCACAAGUUAUGGAGGUGGACUUUCGCACGGACCCAUUGUCAAAUUACAGUGAUCUAGAAAUUGAGGAGGUCCUUGAGCAAAUAUUUGGCUCAACCUUAGCACCGGUUGGAGUCAACUCUUUAGCGACCCCACCGUCAAAUGGCAACGAUCUGGAGAGCGAGGAAGCCGGUAAAAGAGAGAUGGCUCAACUUAACCGUGGGUUGAAGUUGCGUUUUCUGUCAGACCAAUCGUCAAACCCACUAAUUCCUCUGUCCACUACGAGGGACUUGGGCCUUCCGGUAGAUAUAGUUAAGGGGGAGGGCUUGAGGCGGACAUAUGAGUUCCAGCAACCACGUAAAGUGCCUACAACCUCUCCCAAUCAUCUUGGAAAGCUGCAAUUGAUAUUAUAA